CACUGUCCACAAAUCCACCAACCUUCAUGUCACUUUUCAAUUGUGAGGCUAUUUUCUGCACAUAAUGCAGUUUUGGGACCAGGGCAUUGCUGGUGGUAGUGAGCGAGUCUGGGGUGAAGGGGGGAACAUGAGGACUAUAUACACACAGGUCCUUCUUGUCGUGCACCCUCUUCAGAAUUGUAACCCCUAUCUUACAAUAAUGAAUCACCUCACACAUCUUUGCAUUGAUUCUCAUCUUCCACCUAUCCAUCCACUCCACCAACUUAACAUCCUUUUGGAGUUCUACAGUGGAGUCCUCCUCACAGUUUACAAUUCAUGGAUGUAAGUGGGAAGGGACUGGACAAGAGUAGAAAAACUUGAGUUGAGGUCAGAAGAAAUGAGUUCUGUGGGGCAGGAGCAGGCUGAAACAAUAGGUCUGCCCAUGCAGUCCUGCUGUGGAUUUUGGCAAGGAGACAAAAGCAGGCUGUGCGGGUUUGGAGGUAGUGAGGGGGAGAUUAUCAGAUGAAAUGAGAUUAGUGAUCAUUAUAGAUGCAAUGCCCUGGUGUUCCAUGGUGGGGUCAUGGUCCAGGUGGAGAUAGGAGGAGGUAUCUGAGGGCUGGCACUCAACCUCUGCAAUGUAGAGAUCAGUCUGCCAGACAACAACAGAACCAACCUUACUGACGGGGUUAAUUACAAAGUCAGGGUUGGAUCUGAGAGCACAAACUGCAGUCAGCUCAGAGGGAGGUAGGUUCAAAUGGGUGAAGUGGGGUGCAGAGAAUUUGAGGUGCACAACGUCACGUCGUUAGUUCUAGAUGAACAGGCCAAGUGCGGGUAAAAGGCCAGAGGGAGGGGUCCAUGCAGAAGGUGAGUGUGGGAGGUAGGUGAAUGGGUCUGUGGGAUGGGGAGCAGACUCUUGCCCAAAGAAAUGGGCGUGGAGGCGAAGGCAACAGAAGAGUUCAACGUCAUGUUGUGCCCUAAAUUCAUUAAAGUGGGGGUGCAGAGUGAUAAAAUUAAGACCUUUGCUAUGUGCAGCAUUGGUUGUUCAGCUCAAUGAAAACCAAUCACCUUGUUGUUGGCAGCAUAGGAUUCUCAUUGAUUCUCAUUGAUAACCUAGAUUUUAAAUGGGAAAACCUAGAAAAUAGGACCAAAAAAAUAGAUCUAGUUGUAAAAAACAUGGGAGUGGCAGCACUGGCUGUAUAUAUUGUUGGGAAAUUCCAAAUGUGGUGUUAUUUACUCCCCAGCAUUGUGCAGUGCUGGGGCAGUCGCACUGACCCAGCAGGUUUCUGUGCUGCCAGUAAAUGUUUUGCUGAGUUCAGGCCUAUGCUGGUAAGUGAGUAAAGGAAUGUUGGAGAACCGGUUGUUGGGUGUAGACUGAAAGGGCGGGGAAUUGCACGCCUUCUUGACACAGUUAGCUAGCUCUCAGUCAGUCAGUGUGUCUGGUCAGGACUUGCAGGGACACUGGUACCACACUGACCCACAAUGAAUACAAUGCAGAGGCUGAUGGCUCACUGGAUGCGCUGUGAUGUCUGUGUCCAGCUUCCUGAUGGUCACCGGAUGGUCACCCUCCGAGUCAGGCCAAAUGACACCAUCAAACGUCUCCGGCUACGCCUGGUAAGGCAGGGAGUCACAUCCUGGAAGAUGGAUUUCACGUACAGAGGCAAUCAACUGGGAGAAAACGAGACCCUGGAAGAAAACCACAUCACAACUGGAGCAGUGCUUGUGUUAGUCAGGAAUGAAUGAGAGAAAAUCCAAUUAGUCUGUCAAAGCGACAAUGGUGAGAAAAGUCCACGUUGAUUUCAUAGACUCUGGGAGCUCUGAGCAGCGGAUAUUCUUCCAGAGGCUCCUCUGUCCACUGCUACUGACCAAGCCGCCUGAGCUGAUCAAUCACCAGAAUGUUGCAGAAACAAGUGGCCAAGCGGUGACAAAGAAUCAAGUGGGAAAAGGAUGAAUCUCAAACGGAAUUCCUCAGAGGGCGGCUGUUUAUGUGAUGGUGACUCUAAAGGAACUAACUGUUAGUUACCUGUGUCUGGUCAGGAGAUGCCCCAUUCCAAACUGUCGCAAUGAAGAGAGAUUGGAUGGACAUGGGUUGUUUUCCUUAGGGCAGAGGAGACUGAAAUGAGGACGUGAUUAAGAUGCAUAACAUUAUGAGGGGCAUUGAUAGGAAGGAAAUUUCCCCUUGGUGGAGGCAUCAUUGACCAAGUGGCAUAUAUUCAAGGUUAGGGACUGGAGGUUUAGAGGGUACUUGAGGAAAAGCUUUUUUCAUCCAGAAGGUGGUGGGAAUCUGGAACUCGUUGCCUGUAAAGGUGGUAGAGGCAGAAACCCUCACAUUAUUUAAUAAAUAUUUAGAUGUGCACUUGUUAUGGGCCAAGUGCUGGAAAAUGUGAUUAGAAAAGUUAUCUGGUUGUUUUAUGACUGGUGCGUUGGGCCAAACCCCUCUUUCAGUGCUUUAAACCACUAAGAUUCUGUGACAGUGGCACACUGAGUUGGAAUUCCAGGUUAAAAUUCAGUGGAAUUCUCAUGUUUAGGAAGUGUGGCUGUUUCCCCAUGAAACCGUAUUACACAUACCAGCAGUGUAAAGCACCAAACUCAUUGAUUACUGGAAUAGAGGUGGCUAUGGCCAGAGGGAGGACUGUCCAUGCUGUGAAUUCUGACACCAAUUCAUAUCAUUCUUGCGGGGAAGACUGGGAAGUUAUGAGCCACAUUAAAGCCCUCCAACAUGUUUGUGUCACUGAGGUUUCUGUAAAAAGCUGUAUGGACACAAGAGUGCUAUGUGGAGUGAAUAAUCUCAGUUCCCAAUGAGUCUCAAAAACACCUUGUUCCAAGUCCUUGUCCUGGUCAGGCAUCUCUAACCAGAGAGCAGUGAAUAUUCACAGUGAGCCACUGGUCAGUUCCCUCAUUAUAUGUCAGCCAUGUGCCUGGAUAGGAAAUAAA